AUGGAGAGAGUCAACUUCACUCUUGUGAUUAAAUUCACCCUCCUGGGUUUCUCUGAAACGCAGGGACUUCGGGUCUUAUUUUUCACUCUCUUUCUGGGCAUUUACCUCUUGACCUUGCUCGGGAAUGCCACCAUACUCCUCACCAUCCACCUCAGCCCUCAGCUCCACUCCCCUAUGUACUACUUCCUCUCUGAACUGUCCCUCCUGGAUGUGUGUUAUUCCACUUCCACCAUUCCAAAGAUGCUGGCUGGCUUCGUCAACAACUCCCAAAGGAUCACUUACCGGGGCUGUGUGGCUCAGCUUUACUUCUUCCACUUCUUUGGGGGCACGGAGUGCUUCCUUCUCACUGUCAUGGCCUUUGACCGCUACGUAGCCAUCUGCAACCCCCUCCGCUACUCUUCCAUCAUGAGCAAGAUGGUUUGCACCCACUUCAUAGCUGGAACAUGCCUCAUUGGGACUGUCCAUUCCACUAUUCAAACCGUCCUCACGUUCCGUCUCUCUUAUUGUGGCCCCUAUGAGCUUGAGCACUACUUUUGUGACGUCCCACCAUUGCUGAAAGUGGCUUGCGCCGACACGUCUGUAAACAAAGUCAUCAUCAUGUUCAACGUUGGCGUGGUGGCCCUCAGUAGCUUGCUCUUGAUCAUGGGGUCCUAUGUUCGUAUCGUCGCCACCAUAGUCACAAUGUGCUCUGAGGAAGGGAAGAGAAAAGCCUUCUCCACCUGCACAGCUCACCUCAUUGUGGUUUUGACUCUCUACGUCCCUUGUAUCCUCAUAUACUUGCAACCAGCCAAAGCCAGCUCAGUUCAGAAGGUGAUGGCUGUUUUCUACACCGCUAUCACCCCUGCAAUGAACCCGCUCAUCUAUUCCUUGAGAAGUGAAGAAAUCAAAAGGGCAGUGAAGAAACUUGUAUUUAGGAAGAUGUUUUCCUGA